AUGUCUCCCUCCGUUGUUUCCGACAAGACCUAUAGCAUCGCUUCUAUCCCCGCUGAUGGAAUUGGUCCCGAGGUUAUCGAGGCUGGUAUCACUGCUUUGAACGCCCUUACCGAUACCCUCAAGACUUUUAAGCUCGAGUUCAAGAACUAUGACUGGAGCUCUGAGACCUACAAGAAGACUGGCAAAUACAUUCCCGAUGGCGGUCUUGAGGAGCUGAAGAAGCACGACGCUAUCUUCUUCGGUGCCGUCGGCGCUCCUGACGUCCCCGAUCACAUUUCUCUCUGGGGUCUCCGUCUGGCUAUUUGCCAGCCCUUCCAACAAUAUGCCAACGUGCGCCCUACCCGCGUGUUCCGCGGUACCGAGUCGCCGCUGCGCAAGUGCAAGGACGGCGACCUUGACUGGGUUAUCAUCCGCGAGAACAGCGAGGGUGAAUACGCCGGUCAGGGUGGUCGAUCUCACACCGGCAAGCCUUGGGAGGUCGCAACCGAGGUCUCCAUUUUCUCUCGUCACGGUGUUGAGAGAAUCAUGCGCUUCGCCUUUGAGACUGCCCAGAAGCGUCCUCGCAAGCUUUUGACCGUUGUCACUAAGAGCAAUGCUCAGCGCAACGGAAUGGUUCUCUGGGAUGAAGUCGCCAAGGCUGUUGCUGAGGAUUUCCCUGAUGUUACUGUUGACAAGAUGUUGGUUGAUGCUAUGACUACUCGUAUGGUCCUGAAGCCCGAGACUCUGGAUACCAUCGUGGCCACCAACCUGCACGCUGAUAUUCUGUCCGAUUUGGCCGCUGCCCUGGCCGGUUCCAUCGGUAUCGCCCCUACCUCCAACCUCGACCCUACUCGCCAGUACCCCAGCAUGUUCGAGCCUAUCCACGGCUCUGCCUUCGACAUCACUGGCAUGGGUAUCUCUAACCCCGUCGCUACUUUCUGGACGGCCGCUGAGAUGCUCGCAUGGUUGGGCGAGGAGGAUGCCUCCAAGAAGCUGCUCGACUGUGUCGAAAAUGUCUGCGAGCAGGGUGUCCUCACCCGUGACCUCGGUGGCCAGGCCACAACCAAGGAGGUCACUGAUGCUGUCGUUGCUGAGAUUAAGAAGCUUGGAUCUAAAUAA